AUGACAACUUUGACCUUGGCAUUCAGAGGGCACAGAGAGCAGGUUCAUGAUAAUGUGUGUGAAGGUGGGAACUUCUUGGCAUUGGUCUCUCUUAUGGCUGAAUAUGAUGAAUUUCUAGCAGAAGUUAUAUCUCUUCCAGGCAGAGCAACAAAAUACCUUAGCGUUAAGAUCCAAAAUAAGCUGAUUCACUUGCUUGCAAAUACUGUAUCCUCGACUUUGGUAGAAAAUAUUAAUUCCGCACCAUUCUGGAGUAUAAUCUUGGAUUCCACCAGUGAUAUUACCAGAGUCGACCAAUCAACCGUUGUUAUUAGAUGGAGAGAUCUUGGAAUCGAAGCUGGGAAAGGAUUACUGACACUAAAAAAGUUAUGUACGACACGUUGGAGCUCUCGCAUUGAUGCAGUGCGAGCUGUGCGUGACAAGUAUCCCCAGAUAAUGAGGCUUCUGACGCGACUCAUCUUAACAUCCAACAACAAGAAUGAGCGUGACAACGCAAAGAGUCUAAAGAAAAAUAUUGACACACUGGAAUUUAUUAUUCUCCUUGUAUUCUGGGAGAGAAUACCAAGAUCAGUCAAUGCAGUAUCGAAGGAGCUUCAGUCCCCUAGGAUUGACUUGUCGGUUGCCUCUAGACACCUUAAUAUUGUACUCUCGGAGCUCCAAUAUCUUCGAGAAUCAUGGCAGUCUAUAAUGCUGACUGCCACAGCACUUGCAAAAUCUUGGGAUGGAUCGCUAGAGUUUCAACAAAAAAGGGGUCGGAAGGCAAGAUAUGAAUCAUAUGAACUUGUUGUUGAUGGAACACUGAUGGAUCCUGAGCAAAGUUUUAAGAUAAACGUUUUCUACAAGACUGUUGAUACAGCAUUGGUGCAACUGACAGAAAGGUUCAAGGACAAGCAAUGGUGA